GAUUUGCCGAUGUCAAAAUAACAAUCGGUAAAUGAUUUACCGUUAUUGUUCCUCAGUAUGAACACCUUUAUCCCAUUACCCAGAACACGAAGAACAAUAUCGGUUAAUCAUUAACCGAUUCUUAUAUUGAUAUCGGUAUAUCAUUUACCGAUUGGUAAUCUGGCAGUUUGAUCACCUUUUCACCAUUACUCCUCCCUCCACCAACCCCUCCACCAUUACUCCUCCCUCCAACAACCCCCCACCAGCCCCCCAUAACUCGCCCAAACUACCUUAUUCUACCAUUACUCCACUCCUCCCUCACAUUUCACCUUCCCACCACCACCACCAUCUCCACAUUUCCACCACCACCACCACCACCACCAAGGGAAAGCUUUUAACUUCUGGUAAGUGGUGUUAGCUUUGGUACUUUAUUUAUAGUUAGUUUAAGUAGUUAGUUGUUAGUUUAAGUAGUUAGUUUAGUUAGUUAAGUUGGUAAUUUAGGCUGCUGAAUCGUGAAUCGAAUCGGUAAAUGAAUUGCCGUUAAUGUAUCGGAUUAUGAUUUACCGUUAUUAUACCGGAAUUUGAUUUACCGUUAUAGGGUCGGUUAUUGAUUUACCGUUUUUGUUCCAGGGAUGACAGAGUCCUUUUUCUUUGGUGAAUCACAAUUGAUACAUGCUGCUGGAUUGGAAAAUGAUAAUCCAGAGGAGCAACCAUCACUAGCUGAACCUCCGAUUAUAUCUAUAGAUGUCUCUCAUUUGUAUCAUACUGAUCAGCGUUUCCCUUUGAAAGAUGAUCUUAUGAAAUGGGUUCGCGACAUUUCUAUGGCAAAUAAUUUUGUUUUGGUGACAACAAAGUCUGAUAGUGGUGCGAAGGGAAGAAAAGAAUAUGUCAUUCUGGGGUGUGAGAAGCAUGGUGCGUAUAUUCCCUACAGAGAACCGGAUCUUGUUGAAGGAACGUCAACACAAAAGACAGGUUGUCCUUUUAGGCUAAAAGGACGACGUACGAAAGAUGAUAAAGGUUGGUGAUUGAAGGUGAUGGACGGUAGACACAUUCAUCUCGCAGCUGAGUCACUAGUUGGCCACAAUUACGCUGGUAGACUGAAUAGUGAGGCGAAGGAGGACGUGAUAAAUCAGGCUAAGACUUGGGUUCCACCUAGAAAGAUGUUGGCGUCCUUGAAGGAAAAAGAUCCUUCAAACUUGACUACCAUCCAACAAAUUUAUGGUGUUUGCAAGCGGUUCAGACAAUCCGUUCGUGGGUCACUGACAGAGAUACAAUACUUGCUGAAGAAGUUGGACGGUGAGAAGUAUGUUCACUUCGAACGAAAUGAACCCGGAUCGGAAGUGAUUAGAGAUAUAUUUUGGGCUCAUCCGAAUGCCGUCAAACUUUUCAACACAUUCCCAUAUGUAGUGAUCAUGGAUUGCACAUACAAGACCAGCAAAUACAAACUACCCUUGCUCGAGAUUGUUGGCCUGACCUCCACGGAUAAAACAUACUCAAUAGCAUUCUGUUACAUUGGCAGUGAGACCACAGAGGACUACAUUUGGGCAUUGGAGUGUAUGAAGUCUCUGAUUUCCGACCAAUCCAGGUUGCCUAGAGUGAUUGUGACGGAUAGAGAUCUUGCUUUAUUGAGUGCUGCUUCACAAAGCCUUCCCACCACCACCCAUUUACUAUGCUUGUGGCACAUCAACAAGUGUGUUUUGGCAAAGUGCAAAGAGUAUGUUGGCACGGAUGAUUUUGCUCAAGAGGUUAUGGACAAGUGGGCCGAAUUGGUAGAUGCUCCAACAGUUCCAGAAUUUGAAGCUCAUUGGAUUGAAUUGUUUAACAUGUGCAAGCAUAAACACAAGUU